AUGGAAGGUCGUCUCGGAGUUAGGAUACUUUCCACCUCAGCUGAGGAAGCAAAUUGGUUGAUUGAGGAAAGAUGCGUUGAUUGUUCGACGUUAAUUAACCUCGUACACCCGGCACAUGGGGACCUACCAGAUCAAUGCUACUUAUUCAUGCACAAAGAUGACUAUCCUUCCAUAGACGGCGGGCGCGAAGCCCUUCUCGCCGCCUUCAAUGUCCCCCGCUUCGUCGCCAGCAGAACCUGCUUCGAACUGAACGGCUAUGCUGGAUGCAAGCCAGUAUUCGAAGAACCGCAGCAUACAAAUCCCUUUGGAGAGCAACAAGCGGAAGAGACCACCUCUACUACACCUGCAUUGACGACCUGCACAACAUGGUUCCGCUACCUCGUCAAAAUGGUCCAAAAGAUCGACUCUUUCCAGGAUAAGUACAAACCCUACGACAAGGAGCCCGAAUACGUCCCCGAAGAUUCUAGAAAGGGAUACGAGUGGUUCGAGAUGAGCGCCUUUACCCGCUGGGACAGCCCAGGAAAAUGCCGAGUUCUAUGCGUUGACACGCCACCUGAUUUCCCAGACCGGCUCAGGGACGCACUGCUGAAGAAAACAGAGAGUCCGAAUCUUUCGGAGGCAGCAGCAGCUCAAGCAGACCCCUUCGCUCUCCACGCCGACCUCCUAGAUGUUAUGAUCACCUACUCCGACAUCUCCGUCUGGCGCGUGCGUGAUCCCAUUCGGCUUCUCGAAAAGUCGCGGCUCAAUGGGCACGAUCUGUUCGAGCAGAUUCAUGAUCACGCACGGCACGCAAACCACUCGUCUGAGGUGCUGGAGGCGGGGAUGCAGACGGUUCAGGAACUUGGUAGGUAUCAGAGGGAGAUUCAUGAGACUAUUGCUGCACACGGGCAUGGGCCUGGACAGCAGCGCACAGGUGGAAGCGGUCUUCAAAGGAGGGGUCUGACUCUGACGUACAGAGCGCAGGCGAGGGAGUAUACGCAAUUUCAGCUUUCGUUGGUGAGGAGCUUGAAGUUGAGGAGUGAUUCGAGUUUGCAGAGGUUGAAGAAUGAGGUUGGGUUGGCGUACAAUAAUAUUGCACGGCAGGAUAACAGCGUCAUGAAGUCUAUUGCGCUGUUGACCAUGAUCUUUCUGCCUGCCACUUUCAUCUCGGCACUUUUCAGCACCACCUUCUUUACGUACGGCGACAAUGGUAGUUGGGAAGUCUCGGACGAGUUGUGGAUCUACUUCGUCACGACGGUGCCAGCGACCAUCACCAUCGUGGUAUUUUGGCGCGUAUGGCUUGACUACGGUGAUGUGAUCUACAAGUGGCUCAAGGGACUGGCGCUUCGAGCGUGGAAGGGGGCGACAGGUCCUGUGUCAAGGACGAGAUCUGGAAGUACGACCGAGACUGGCGUCGAGGAUGGGAUUCAGCAUGCCAGAACUAAGACGGAAGUUACGGUGUAG